CCGGCGGUCCGGUUCCGUACUCGGCCUCCAACCCCAGUUACUCCAUGGAUCCAUUGGUUCCUCCGUUCAUCCAGACGGGUCGCAGCGCUCUGCCCCCCCCUGCUCCCCAACGCCNGCCCUCCCAGGCCCCGCCCCCAGCUCCAUGCUGCCGCUGCCGGCCUUCAGCCCCACCAGUAACCCCUACGCCCCUGCCAGCCUCCAGCAGCCCCAGCUGUCCACCCCGGACCUCCAGCCGCCCCAGACCGACUGCUCUGACGAGUCGGAUCCGGACUUGGAGUGCGCCAUCUGCUUCAGCCAGUUCAACAACGUCUUCCGCUGCCCCAAGAUGCUGAACUGUAAACACACCUUCUGCCUGGAGUGUCUGGCGCGUAUGAACGUCAAGUCUGCGGAGCCCAGCGCCAUCCUGUGCCCGCUGUGCCGCGGCCUGACCCCGCUGCCCCCCCUCGGCCUGCCCAAGCUGGCCACCGACUCGGACGUCCUGUCCUACCUGCCGGCCGCCAUGCAGAGGGUCUACAGCAUCCGCUUCAUCCGCAACAAGGGGAAGCUGCAGGUCAAAAGGUCGUCUGACGGGCCGGGCCGGUCGGGUCGGCCGGGCCGCCGGUCCAUGACCUCUCUGAGGUCGAUGAACCGGAGUCUGGACGUGGGGCUUCCCAGCUCGUCCUCUGAUGGGGGGGCGGGGGGCGGCGUGGGCAACACCCUGUUCCGCCUGACGGGCCGACCCGUCUGCCGGGCCUUCCUCCUCACCGCCGUGGUGAUGAUGAUGGUCAUCCUCACCGUAAUCGUCAUCAUCCUCCUCACCAGCAACAAGAUCAAAUGACAUCACUUCCUGUCUGCUGGGAGAAGAAAACUGAAAUAUAAAUAUUUUUAUUUUAACUCCUGGAGUCUGAGCUGAGCGGGACGCAGCGGGACGC